GGCAAACGUGUUACUAUUGCAGGGUUCCUCAGAGGUCGUACAUUUACGAUUUUUGGAUUUGGGCACACGGCCCAACACUAAAGCCCAGCACGGAGUCGACUAGACAACUCUGAGAAAGCUGUUAAAACUUGCCCUUGGCGCGGCGGGGCCGGCGGUACGGGAUGCCGAGGGCCAUGGCGGGAAGCGAGCUGGCUUUGCCCAGCGCUUUCCUUUUCCUGUCACCGAACUGGAGGAAUAGCAAUGCAGAGGCGGCCAGCCGACCCGCAGGCUUCCAAUAAUUAUCUGCAAGAAUCGCCAUGACCCCAGCUUUGAGGGAGGCAACAGCAAAGGGUAUCUGCUUUUCAUCUUUGCCAAGCGCCAUGGAAUCUGACAAGAUACUAUGCAUGGGAAGUCCAAGAACUGUAGAUGAAAAGCUAAAAGGAGACAGUUUCUCCCACAUGCUAGGAUUUCCCACUUCUGAAGCCACUGUUAAUACUAAUUUUGUAAAUUUCAAACAUUUUGGCUCCCCUCAACCUUCAAAACAUUAUCAAACACUGAUUUUAAUGAGUUCUAAUUCUGCACUAAAUAAAUACAAUGAGAAUUACAAGCAAAGGCCACCGGGAGAGCCCAAUUGCAGUAAGCUGAAAAACAUAUUGUGUAACGGCAGCAACAUUCAGUUAAGUAAAAUCUGUCAUUCUCACUCUGAGGAGUUCGUCAAAAAGGAACCUCUAUCAGAUACCACAAGUCAGUGCAUGAAAGACAUACAAAUUAUUUUGGACUCAAAUAUAACCAAAGAUGCUAAUGUAGAUAAAAUACAACUGCAAAACUGUAAAUGGUACCAAAAGAAUGCACUUUCGGAUAAGCUUAGUGAUAUUGACAUUAAAAAGGGUUUAUUGCAAUGUGCUCAAAAGAAAAUUGGACCUGACCACUCAGCUGUUCCCAUCAGUUCCACAGCUGCUGAAAAAGAGGAGGAAGUGAAUGCUCGUUUACUUCAUUGUGUAAGCAAACAGAAAAUUUUACUUAACCAGGCUAGAAGAACUCAGAAACAUUUACAGAUGCUCCUGGCAAAACAUGUUGUUAAGCACUAUGGUCAGCAAAUGCAAUUUUCAGUGAAACAUCAUUUCCCCAACAUGAAGAUCUUUCAUGAACCUACCACUGUUAUGGAUAGUACUUUUCUUAAAUGCACUGAUGUUAAGCCAGAAGUUAACAAAUUCACUCCAGAGAAUAAAUUGUGGAAUGAUACAAAAAAUGGCUCUGCACAGUGUACAGCUGCAGAAAUCCAAAGAUUUGCGCUGUCUGCUACAGGGUUGUUGUCGCAUGUUGAAGAGGGACUGGAUUCUGAUGCUACUGAUAGCAGCUCUGAUGACGAUUUGGAUGAAUAUACCAUUAGAAAAAAUGUGGCAGUUCACUGUAGUCCCGAAUGGAAGUGGCUUGUGGACAGAGCAAGAGUUGGCAGCCGAUGGACUUGGCUUCAAGCUCAGAUUUCAGAGCUAGAAUACAAAAUCCAACAACUAACAGACAUUCACAGGCAGAUUCGUGCCUCCAAGGGGAUAGUGAUUCUAGAAGAAUGUCAAGUUCCAAAAGACAAUUUGAAAACACAAAUGCACUUUUCUGAUCAAGCAGCUUCAUUGAGCACUACAGGGAAUCCUCAGAUGCUGCAGGAAAGUCAAGAUCCUUUACCAGAACAGGACUUUGAGAUGUCUCCAAGCAGUCCUACGUUACUUCUUCGAAACAUAGAAAAGCAGAGUGCACAGUUGACUGAGAUCAUCAACAGUUUGAUCGCCCCUCUCAACUUGUCCCCAACUUCAUCACCCCUCUCCUCCAAAUCCUGUAGCCAUAAAUACCUGGCUAAUGGCAUUUCCAAGAGUGCUUCAGAGAACUUAAAUGAGCUGUCUUCUUCCAGUAGCUGGUUACUUAACCAGAGGCACAAUAAGAAAAGGAGAAAAGACAGGACGAGAUUGAAAUCUCCAUCUUUGACUAUCAUGAAUACAGCAGCCCGAACAAGGCCACUUCAAAGUUUCCACAAGCGGAAACUCUACAGAAUGAGUCCGACUUUUUACUGGACUCCACAGAAUGUGCAUUCAAAAGAAGCCACACUUUUAAAUUCUAUGCAGAUGUCUUCCUGUCUACAGUCAGCUUCAGCUUGGAGUACUUGUGAACAUAAUUCAGAAUCUCAGAUAUUAAGAGAACACGUGUCUGAAUUAGAUCCUGCUUUCCAUUCUGUCCUAUCACUGCCAUCAGAUGUGCCUCUUCAUUUUCACUUUGAAACAUUAUUUAAAAACACUGAAAUAAAAGGAGAUCUUGAUGAAAAUAAAUUUGUAGGCGAGUGUAUCAUAGCUCCAUCAGCUGUACAUAGUAGUCUGCAUCAAUGGAGAAACGGAUAUUCACCUACAUGUAAACCUCAAAUAAUGUCGGACUCUUCUACACAGCCGUUACAGGGAAGGAAAAAAAGACAUUUGAGUGAAACAGCUUUAGGACAAGGAACUAGAUAUGAAGAAUUUGUUUUUCAACACACAGAACCAGGAUCUCACAACAAUCUUUCUGCUGUGUCUAAUGCCAACAUUACAUCAAGAACCCCAAAUUCAUCGUCUCAAAAUGCUGCCAGAAGGAGACUAAGAAGUGAAAGCUCUUACGACAUAGAUAACAUUGUGAUUCCCAUGUCAUUAGUAGCCCCAGCUAAGUUAGAGAAACUCCAGUACAAGGAAAUACUUACUCCAAGUUGGAGGAUUGUUGCUCUUCAGCCUUUGGAUGAAUGUAAUUUAGGUGAAGAGAUAGAAGAUCUUUCUGAUGAAGUUUUCUCCCUGAGACACAAAAAAUAUGAAGAAAGAGAGCAAGCCAGGUGGUCCCUCUGGGAACAAAGCAAGUGGCACAGAAGAAAUAGCAGAGCUUACAGUAAACACGUUGAAGGACAGGACUUGCUUUUGAAAGAGUACCCGGAUGACCUCAGUAGUGGCCAACCAUGUGCUGCAGAAGGUACUCCCGAGUUUCCUCCAGAGAAUCAUGAUCUAUGUGCACAUGGCUCACCUUCUUUCAAAGAAAGCCAAGAAAUCAAGAUUGAGAAGUAAAAUUUUUCAAAGAACUUCCCUUCAAUAUUGGACACUGAAGAGUGUACAUUAAAGAAAAUGCCUUUUGAAGGUAUUAUACCUCUUGUUUUCUAUGUGAAAGUUGACAAUUUAUAUGAAUUAUUUUUUGUCAUGUAACAAGGUUACUCAGCGUGAGUGCUUGUGUAACUGAACACUGUGCCCAUGGGUCCUAGUCUGUUGGAUCCGACACUCAGCUAUUAUUAGGGAUUAGAAGUUACACUGUUCCCUUCAAAGGGUAAAAAUAUUCAAAUUAAAUACUGACAAACUUUUGCUUGUAGUUUUACUAUGCAUUUAUUUUUAAAGAAAAAGAAAACAAAAGCCAGACAAACACAAGUUGUCAAGGCAAAUACACUCAAAUCUUUGUCACAUCUCAUAUAUUAUAAGCUUUAUUGUAAGUUUUUUAAUUAAAGUUCUUUCUAUA